AUGGCCAAGGACAUAGGGUUUGAGAACACAGCAGGAGCCAUCAACCAACAAGCCGUGGCAAUCCGAGUAUCAGCAGACAGGUCCAUCUUCUUCAACUGCCAAAUGGAUGGUUACCAGGACACUGUUUAUGCUCAUGCCUACCGUCAAUUCUACCGUGACUGCACCAUCUCCGGCACCAUUGACUUCAUCUUCGGCGAUCCCCGAGCUGUCUUCCAAAAUUGCAAGUUGAUUAUCAGGAAGCCACUGGACAAUCAGGCCUGCAUGGUCACAGCUCAAGGAAGGGAAUACGAGCCAGCACCGACUGGAAUUGUACUUCAGAACUGCCAUAUCACGGCGGACCCUGAGUACUUCACUGCUAAAAUGCCGAUCAAGUCGUACCUCGGACGGCCAUGGAAGAUGUACUCUAGGACCAUCAUCAUGCAUUCUAAGAUUGAUGCGAUAAUCGAUCCCGAGGGGUGGUCGCCGUGGCAAGAUACUUGGGCCCUUGACACUUGCUGGUAUGCCGAGUUUGGAAACAUUGGUGCCGGUGCAGGCCGGACUGAUAGGGUAAGAUGGCCAGGUAUCAAGAAGAUUACGCCAGAUGAAGCUGCCAGUUUUACUCCUUCAAAGUUCAUUGAGGGCGAGACAUGGGUCCCUCUCACUGGAGUGGCUUAUGUUCCUGGGAUGAUGGAGACUUGA